AUGGCAGACCGACUCUUCAAGCCGAUCAAAGUCGGCAACUCGCUGCUGAAGAACCGCGUUGUCAUGGCUCCGCUUACUCGUUUCCGUGCGGAUAAGGACCACAAUGUCAGCGAGCAUGCCAAAGAGUACUACGAACAGCGAGCAUCGGUCCCCGGGACUCUACUCAUCACUGAAGCGACAUUUGUAUCUGGACAAGCGGGUGGCUACCCAAACAUUCCUGGCAUAUGGAGCGAAACUCAAAUCGCCGGCUGGAAAGACGUUGUCGAUGCGGUUCAUAAGAAGGGGUCUUUUAUCUACCUCCAACUGUGGGGCCUUGGCCGUGUUGCGCAGGAGAAAGUCUUGCAGGAGGAAGGUGGCUGGAAAGUACGCAGUGCUAGUGCCAUUGCUGUGCCUGCUGAGCAGACAUCUACUGGCAAAGCGGGGACAACGCCUGACGCGAUGACUGAAGAUGAGAUCCAUGAGUUCAUCAACGACUAUGCUCAAGGAGCUGCCAAUGCCAUAAAGGCUGGCUUUGAUGGUGUUGAGAUUCAUGGCGCCAAUGGCUAUCUCAUAGAUCAAUUCUGGCAAGACGUCAGCAACCAGCGAACAGACGCCUGGGGUGGCAGCAUCGAAAAGCGCGCAAAAUUCGGCCUCGAAGUCACCAAAGCCAUCAUCAAGGCAACGGGCGACAGCAAGAAGGUCGCCAUUCGCCUCUCACCCUACGUUGAAUUCCAAGGCAUGGGUAUGGGCGACCGAACGAUCGACAACUUCACAUACAUCACCAAAGAGCUGCUCAAGCUAGACCUCGCGUACAUCCACUUCAUCGAAAGCCGCAUCUCCGGCAGUGCAGCGGAUGGCGUGUACCGAACAGCAGAGGACGGUACCGUCGAGCUGGACCCAUUCAUCAAAGUCGUAGGGACGGAAGUACCAAUCAUCAUCGCAGGCGGAUACACACCCGAGAAAGCCCGCAAAGUCGUAGGCGACAUGUACACAUCCGACAACAUCCUCAUCGGGUUCGGAAGGUACUUCAUCAGCACGCCAGACCUCCCAUUUCGACUCCAGCAUAACAUCGAACUGAACCCCUACGAGCGCAAGACUUUCUACACGCCCGGCGAAGGCGGAUACACUGACUACCCGUUCAGCAAGGAGUUCCUCGCGGCACAGGCGGACAGCAAGCUUUAG